AUGAGGCUACUAGAUUACGUCUCCGUCUCUCUCUUGUUUGUCUUGCCUCUUCUUCAUCUCCUCUACGCGCCCUACACCAAAGUCGAGGAGUCCUUCAACCUGCAGGCAACCCAUGACGUUCUCGUCUAUGGCACACCUAUAUCGGGGAAUGUCUACGAACGCCUGAGCACUACCUAUGACCACUUCACCUUCCCCGGGGUCGUUCCCCGUACCUUCAUUGGCCCUGUGCUUCUCUCCGGUGUCAGCCAGCCCUUGAUUGCCCUGUUGGGAUUCCGCCAUGCGCAGCUCAUCGUCAGGGCCGUUCUGGGCGCCUUCAACGCUGGCUGUCUGGUCGUCUUCAGAAAUUCUCUGGCAAACGCCUACGGUAUCGGCGCUGCCAGGUGGUGGGUGGCUCUCCUGGUUACUCAGUUUCACGUCAUCUUUUACCUGACGCGGACAUUGCCCAACAUGUUCGCCUUUGGACCCACUACCCUUGCCUUCGCCUUCCUUCUUCCGCGGGCUUCAGAGCCGAGAGCUUGGAACCGCCGAAAGCAGGCCAUAUGCCUUCUUACCAUGGCCACCGCCGUCUUCAGGUCGGAACUGGCUAUCCUCCUCGCCGGGACUGGAGCCUAUCUUCUCCUUAGCCGUCGCAUCACAGUCAGGGCUCUGGCCAUUUCUUUCUUCGCCGCUUUUUACAUAUCACUCCUGAUCUCAGUUCCAAUCGACUCGUACUUCUGGCAAAAGUUCCUAUGGCCCGAACUCUCGGCCUUUUAUUACAAUGCCAUCGAGGGCUCAUCUUCCAACUGGGGCGUGUCGCCCUGGCACUACUACUUCUCGUCCGCCCUCCCUCGCCUCAUGAUCAAUCCUCUCGCCGGCCCCCUCAUAUUCCUGGCACUCUUCCAACCGGGAACAUCCAACAGCGCAAGACAGCUGCUGAUACCCAGCCUCUUCUUCCUGGCCGUCUACUCCUUCCAACCUCACAAGGAAACGCGGUUCGUCUUCUACGUCGUCCCUCCCUUCACUGCCGCGGCUGCCCUGGGUGCCGACUUCAUCACCAAGCGACGCACCCGCUCCCUCUUGUACAAGAUUAGCCAUCUUCUCCUCCUCGCCUCCGUACCCCUCACCCUCGCCAUCAGCACGCUCAUGCUCCAGCUGUCCUCCCUCAACUACCCCGGUGGUGAGGCCCUGGCCGAGCUUCAGUCCAUCAUCCAACGCCCCAUCCCCACGGACACUGAUGAAUUCACCUACCCGACAUCCGUCUCCGCCCACGCCGACGUCCUCACCUGCAUGACCGGGCUCACCCUGUUCAACCAGAACCUGCCCGGCCUGCCCAUCGCCCUCGCCACCCCGGAACACCGCAACGCCGACCCCACGCUGCCCCUCCUCUUCGUCGACAAGACGGAGGGCAUGCUGCGGCUCGAGUGGCCCAGCUUCUGGGAGAAGUUCGACUACGCCCUCGUCGAGGAGCCGGCCCGCGCCCUCGGCAACUGGGAGAUCGUCGCCGUCAUCCAGGGCUUCGACGGCGUCGAGCUCCUCCGCCCGGGCAGCGUCGACCCCCGCCACCUCCUGCCGGCCAACGCGUUCCCGGGAGACGAGAAGGUCGUGGGCGCCGGCCUGGCCGUCGCCAACCUCCGCGAGCGGGUGAGGAAGCUGACCGGCGGCUGGUGGGUUGGGCCGAGGAUGUCCAACCGCAUCCGCGUCAUGAGACAGCGGAAGGCAUUCUAG